AUGGCGGCGCGGGUGUCGGUGCUGCCCGCCCGCAGGUGCCUCUUCGAUGACCCUGUGCAGAUCCUCGUUGCCGGUCUCCGCCCGCAGCAGGCGGUGACCCUCCGAGCCAGCCUGGUGGACGAGAGCGGGGAGCUUUUCCAAGCCCAUGCGCUCUACAGAGCUGGGAGCCGCGGCGAGCUCGACCUCAGCCGCUCCCCAGCGCUCGGGGGCAGCUAUUUGGGAGUGGAGCCGACGGGGCUGCUGUGGUCUUUGCAGUCUAAAACGCCCUAUAAGCGACUGGCAAAGAGGAACGUCCUGACCCCUUUCCAUGUGGACAUAGAAGUUUAUGAUGGUCACGGGGACAUGAGCCACUUGCUGGCAAAAUGUACCAAUGAACGAUGGUUUUUAGGAGAGGGGGUGAAGAGGAUUUCAGUCAGAGAAGGUCGUCUGAAAGCAACCCUCUUCCUCCCUCCUGGACCUGGUCCAUUCCCUGGACUUAUUGAUUUGUAUGGAUCUGGAGGAGGUCUUGUUGAAUACAGAGCAAGUCUCCUGGCUAGCAGAGGUUUUGUGACUCUGGCUCUUGCUUACAUGGCCUUUGAAGAUCUCCCUCCUAUGCCAGAGGUUCUUGAACUCAGCUAUUUUGAGGAAGCUGUGAACUUUCUGCAGAAACAGCAGCAGGUGAAAGACACUGGGAUUGGUGUUUUGGGCUUGUCUAAAGGAGCUGAUCUUGCCCUUUCCAUGGCCACAUUUCUACCUGGAAUCAAGGCAGCUGUCAGCAUAUCUGGAAGUAGUUUUAAUUCUUUCAUUCCCUUGCGGGGGGAUGGCUUCACUAUUCCUGCCCACCCAUAUGAUUUGCAGAAGAUAAAGACCAGUGAUGAGUCUGGUGUAGUAGAUUUCUCAGAUAUCCUAGUUGAUCACAGGGACCCAGCAACCUGGGAUUGUCGCAUUCCCUUGGAGAGGUCCUUGGCCAAGUUCCUCUUCCUGUCUGGACUGGAUGACAGGAACUGGAAAAGUGACCUCUAUUGCCAGGACGCUGUUCAACGCCUUCAGCAGCAUGGGCGGGACACAGAGUUUUGCUCCUAUUCUGGAGCUGGGCACCUGUUGGAGCCACCAUACUUGCCUCUGUGCCAGGUUUCAAUCCACAAAGUACUUGGGAUGCUUGUGCAUUGGGGAGGGCAAUGGAGGGAGCAUGCCAAAGCCCAGGAAGAUGCUUGGCGCAGGAUCCAGGCCUUUUUCUGGCAGCACUUGAUGGACUCAGAUAUCCCAAGGAGCAAACUCUAA